AUGAUGCCCGCCAUGACGUUGCUGGUGCUGUCGUCCACGUCGCUGUUGGCGUCCGUCGCCGCCACGUCGGCCGACGACUGCGUGCUGGACCUGGCCAUCGUCUGUCUGGACGACAAGCUGCUGGUGUACGUCAAUUGGCUGGAGAAGCGGGACAAGCUGAACGUGGUCGGUGACAUCGUGACGAUCGUCAAGAAGAAAGAGGCGGGCCUAGCCGAAGACAGGUCCAAGCUGCAGCCGCACAACAGCAAGCCCCACGUGCACCGGGUCAGCACGUCCCUGGGACCUGCCAUCGACGAGUACUUCGACACGCACACCAUCCGGAUAUCGCUGCCUUGGAUACUCGACGACGACAUCGAUCUGGAACUUGACCAGCAAGGCCGCGGCAAGAAGACCAAAUUGAAACACCUCAAGAAAAUGAUGUCGAUGCUGGGCGUUAUCAUGUGCGCCAAACUGUCGCUGAUGGGACCGCUGGCCAUGGUCAUGAUUGGCGCUAAAGCGCUCAAGGCACUGCUGCUGGCCGUCGUGUCGCUGACCAUAUCCAAACUCAUGUUGCUCAAGAAGUUUAAGGGCGGAGGAGGCGGCGGAGGCGGAUACGGCAGCGGAUCCGUGGUCCAGGCCGACUGGUCGUCGGACAAGGACGACCGGAACGCGCAUCUGCUAGCCUAUGCCGGACAGUCGGCCGCCGCCUCGGGGACAGCUGUCAUGUCGCCGUCUUCGCAACAACCCCUCCAACAGAUGUACCCUUCGUACGAACCUCACGGCUACCACGGGGCUGCCUGA